AUGUCGAUUGACAAACUUACACCUUCUGCUGCGGCACCUCCUUCUGAAGAUAAUGUCCUCUGGAGGCAUUCGGAUCCAAAGUCCACUCACAUGUGGAAAUUUCUUGAGCACGUGAACAAGAAGCAUGGUUUAAGUCUCGAUGGUUACCCAGCACUAUACAAGUGGUCGAUCGAUGAAGUUGCUCAGUUCUGGGAGGAAGUUUGGCAUUUUGCUGGGGUUACAGCAUCAAAGCCCUUUGAAGAGGUCCUUCCUAAAAAUGCUCCUAUGUACCCCCGACCAGACUUCUUCUCGGGCUCACGUCUUAACUUCGCCGAGAACCUCCUCUUUCCCGCAACCUCUCCACUUCCCGAGCCCACUGCUCCAGCCGUUAUCACUAUUACCGAGUUGCCAAACUCCACAGUGACUACUUCAUGGGCUGAGUUGCGUGAGGCAGUCCGUCGUUGUUCUAAUGCCCUGCGUGCAGCUGGUCUUAAGCCCAAUGAUGUUGUUGCGGGCUUCGUCUCAAAUCAUGUUGAAGCGCUGGUUGCUAUGCUUGCUGCCGCCUCAGUCGGUGCCAUUUGGACUGGUAUAAGUCCUGAUAACGGUGUUUCUGCUGUCCUGGACCGUCUGAGCCAGAUUGCUCCCAAGGUGCUAUUUGCCGAUAACGGCACUGUCUACAACGGCAAGGAGUGGUCUAGUGUAGCAAAGACGACUGAGAUUGUGGCUGCGUUGAAGGACAAGGGGCUUGAGAGAGUAGUUGUGAUUAACAACAUCAGCUCUGGUGGACUUGGUCUUGAGGAGCUUGAGAAGCAUGGCGUGUUGGCUGUUGAUUACGCCAAGAUGCUCGAGUCUGCUUCUAAAGACCCCCUGAAGUUCGAGCAGCUUCCUCCAGCUCAUCCCCUCUAUGUUCUCUACUCCAGUGGUACAACUGGCCUCCCCAAGGCCAUUGUUCAUACAGCUUUAGGUACACUUCUGCAGCACAAGAAGGAGCAUCUCCUUCAUUGCUCACUCGAUUCCUCAUCUCGAAUGCUCUACUAUACGACUACCUCCUGGAUGAUGUGGCACUGGAGCAUCGGAGCUCUUGCCGUUGGCUCUACUAUCAUUGUCUACUCUGGCUCUCCUUUCCGCCCCCAUGGUCAUCUCUCACUCCCACGUCUCCUCUCUGACCUCAAGGUCACUCAUUUCGGUACCUCAGCCGCCUAUCUGACUGCACUGGAGGCCAACAACGUUUACCCUGUCCGUGACGAGUCGAUUGAUCUCUCAAACCUGCAGGCUAUCUACUCCACUGCUUCACCCCUCCCCCAUCGACCUUCAAACAUUAUCUCACUAUUCGGAGCGCCUUGCCCACUGCUCCCUGUUCGUGUUGGUGAGAUCCAGUGCGCUGGUCUUGGUAUGGCUAUCCGUGCUGUUGAUUCCGUCACGGGCGAACCCAUCAAGGCCGACGAGCCAGGUGAUCUUGUCUGCAUCAAGCCUUUCCUUUGCCAGCCCCUGACCUUUUUCGGUCCUAGCGGCGAGGCCAAGUAUCAAUCGGCUUAUUUUGAGAGGUUCGAAAACAUCUGCGGCGUUGAGGGAGCAGUAUGGCACCAUGGAGAUUUCGUCAAGAUUCCUGACCCUGCAACUGGCAGCCUUGUCAUGCUUGGACGAUCAGACGGUGUGCUGAAGCCAUCAGGGGUGAGGUUCGGCUCAGCCGAGAUCUACAACAUUCUCACACGCUUCUUCGCAUCUGAAGUCGAGGAUGCAGUUUGCAUUGGACGUAGACGGGAGACAGACUCAGACGAGACUGUAUGUCUCUUUGUGGUGAUGGUACCUGGACAUGAAUUCAGCGAUGACCUGCGCCUAAGGAUCAAGUCCAAGAUCAAGUCUGAGUUGAGCCCUCGACAUGUACCUGGCGUCGUGGAGGAGUGUGGAGGCGGCGUCCCCAAGACUGGCAAUGGAAAGAAGAUUGAGGUCGCAGUGAAACAGAUCCUUUCUGGUAUGAAUGUCAAGACCAAUGCCAGUGUUGCAAACCCUGAAUCACUAGAUUGGUUUAAGAAGUGGGCGGAAACUCACUAG